CAUGCGGCCCGCCUGUACUGCGCUCUGUCUGCACCUGACCUUGGCCCUGGGCCUGGCGCUCGUUGGCCCCAUGGCUGUGGGGUGGGCCUCGACCCGGGCCCCCAUCUAUGUCAGCAGCUGGGCCGUGCGGGUGUCCCAGGGUUACCAGGAGGUCGAUCGCCUGGCGCGUAAAUUCGGCUUCGUCAACUUUGGGCAGAUUUUCCCUGACGGGCAGUAUUUCCAUCUGCGGCACCGGGGCGUGGUCCAGCAGUCCCUGACCCCGCACUGGGGCCACCGCCUGCGCCUAAAGAAAGACCCUAAGGUGCAGUGGUUCCAACAGCAGACAGUGCAGAGGCGGGUGAAACGCUCCCUGGUGGUGCCCACGGACCCCUGGUUCUCCAAGCAGUGGUACAUGAACAAUGAGAUGCAGUCAGACCUGAACAUCCUGCAGGUCUGGAGCCAGGGGCUGUCGGGCCAGGGUGUCGUGGUCUCCGUCCUGGAUGAUGGCAUCGAGAAAGAUCACCCAGACCUCUGGGCCAACUACGAUCCCCUGGCCAGCUAUGACUUCAAUGACUAUGACCCAGACCCCCAACCUCGAUACACACCCAGCGAUGAGAACCGGCAUGGGACCCGCUGUGCCGGGGAAGUGGCGGCGAUGGCAAACAACAGGUUCUGUGGUGCAGGUGUCGCCUACAACACCCGCAUCGGAGGUGUGCGCAUGCUGGAUGGCACCAUCACUGACGUGAUCGAGGCCCAGUCGCUGAGCCUGCAGCCACAGCACAUCCACAUCUACAGCGCCAGCUGGGGCCCCGAGGACGACGGCCGCACGGUGGACGGCCCAGGCAUCCUCACCCGAGAAGCCUUCAGGCGUGGCGUGACCAAGGGCCGAGGCGGGCUGGGCACCCUCUUCAUCUGGGCUUCAGGCAAUGGAGGCCUGCACUACGACAACUGUAACUGCGAUGGCUACACCAACAGCAUCCACACGCUCUCGGUGGGCAGCACCACCCAGCAAGGCCAUGUGCCCUGGUACAGUGAGGCCUGCGCCUCCACACUCACCACCACCUACAGCAGCGGUGUCGCCACAGACCCUCAGAUCGUCACCACAGACCUGCACCACCAGUGCACGGACAAGCACACAGGGACCUCGGCCUCUGCCCCGCUGGCAGCGGGCAUGAUCGCUCUGGCUCUGGAGGCCAACCCACUUUUGACAUGGAGGGACAUGCAGCAUUUGGUGGUCCGGGCAUCCAGGCCCGCGCAGCUGCAAGCAGAGGACUGGAGGACCAAUGGCGCUGGGCGCCGAGUGAGCCACCACUAUGGCUACGGGCUGCUGGACGCUGCACUGCUGGUGGGCAUGGCUCGCUCCUGGCUGCCUACGCAACCCCAGAAGAAAUGUGUCAUUCAUAUUGUGCACACCCGCACCAGGCCAGCAGGAGAGGCCCUGGCCCCCAGCCCCAUCCUGCCAGUCAUGCGCGUGAGGAAGAAUGUGUCGGCCUGCGCCGGCGACCCCAACUCCAUCCGCUCGCUGGAGCACGUGCAGGUGCAGCUGUCCCUGUCCUACAGCCGCCGUGGGGACCUGGAGAUCUCCCUCACCAGCCCCAUGGGCACCCGCUCCACCCUCGUGGCCAUCAGACCCUUUGACAUCAGCAGUCAAGGCUACAACAACUGGAUCUUCAUGUCCACCCACUUCUGGGAUGAAGACCCGCGGGGCUUGUGGAUCCUGGGCCUGGAGAACAAGGGCUACUAUUUCAACACAGGGACGCUGUACCGCUACACGCUGCUGCUCUAUGGGACGGCUGAGGACAUGACGGCGCGGCCCUCUGGCCCCCAGGUGACCAGCAACGCGUGCGUGCAGAGGGACACAGAGGGGCUGUGCCAGGAGUGCCACAGCCCCGCCUACAUCCUGGGCCACCUUUGCCUCGCCUACUGCCCGCCAAGAUACUUCAACCACACCCAGCAGGCGGUGACCGCUGGACCCAGGCGCUCAGCUGCGCCUGCCAUGCAGGUCUGCUCCAGCUGCCACUCAUCCUGUUACACCUGCCGAGGCAGCUCCCCGCUGGACUGCACUGCCUGCCCUCCGCAGUCCGUGCUGGACGAGCAGCAGGGCUCUUGCUCUGGACCCUACCCCCCUGAGGGCCAUUCCCACUCCACGGCAACUGCCCGCCCCUCCCACCAUGGCCCAGCCCAGGCUGUGGUGCUGUCCCUGCUGGCCAUGGCAUUUGGGAGCCCCCUCCUCUGCCAUGUUCUGCUCAUGGGCUGCCUGCUGCCAUGGAUGGGACCCCCUAGGACAGGGGACCACUCCAGACCCUGCAGCAGGCUGGAACCCAGAACCGGCUGACAAAGACAGCCAGCAUGCACCUCUGCUCGAGCCCUGGUGGGCACCCCCAUCCUACUGUCCAGACUGGCGCCCCAUAGGAACCUGCCCCGGGAAGGCCCUGGCAGCCUCGGAGGCACAGGCCAGGGGUGGCCAUGUGGGAUCCUGCACCCCGGAUUUGGCAAGUCAAGGUCAAAGAGAGAGAGAGAGAAGUCUCAUUGCAUAGUUUGGGUGGUGUGGGUGGGGAGGUGGGGAACCAGGCUGGAGGCCGAUAUCACUUCCCUGUCCCAAGAGUGGAGGGAGGGAGAGACAGAGCAGAUGACACUGUCCAGAGUCUCCUCUUGGGCACUUCAUCCUCUGCGCAGAAUUUGCAAAUAAAGGUUGAAUAGAAGGUG